GAUUUUUCUAAGGUUUACGGUGAAGGCGAUCUGGUGGAGUUGCUAUGGGAAACCUGGGAAGAGUCCUCCCUUUGUAGGAAGCAUGAUAGUUGUUGUCAACAGGCUGCACUGAGGGAUUGGCUUCAUAUAACUUGCACAAGGUCAUAAUGAGUGUCAUGAGAUCCCUCGCAAGAUGGCUAACAUUUAACACGACACCAGUGGGGAUCUGUGUGUAACUCAACCGUGUUACUCAAACACCCAGCGAUGGACAGGUUCUGGACGUAGGCUACUUCGAGAACUCGUCCGUCAGAAUGCCCAAGACCAAGGCUGUAUAUCGAAAUUUGAAGAGCGGCUCUAGUUCCAUAAUAUUGACUUGAACCAAUUAAGUCCAAGUUAGUCUAAGACCGCGUUGAACUUGGCAAAGUUGUCCAUCCGUCACCUGGAUUUGUUUUUCAGUGACACGGUCUGUGACGCUUCCUUUUUUAGUUUAAUGACUGUUUCCUGAACUUGUAUUUGAGGAAAUGUUUUACUAGUUUGGACAAUAAAAAAAAGCACAAGCUCUCCUGAUAUGGUGACGGCAUGUAGCCCUUAAGGGCAACAGCUCCCGUUCAACGCUGUGGACUGAUCUGGAGGAACAGCGCCCGGGGGGCUAAGCCUGGCUCUGUAGCCCCAGCAAGGGCAGCCUUCCCUGGGUCUCGUGGUCCAGCCCGGCCCCUGAGAUGCUCCAGACCAACAACUACUCGCUGGUGCUGCUGAUCCAGCUGGCCCUGCUGACCUACGACCUGUUUGUGAACUCCUUCAGUGAGCUGUUGAGGGCCGCGCCCGUCGUCCAGCUGGUGCUCUUCAUUAUCCAGGACAUAGCCAUCCUGUUUAAUGUGAUCAUCAUCCUGCUGAUGAUGUUCAACACGUACGUGUUCCAGGUGGGGCUGGUGUCUCUGCUGUUGGAGCGCUUCAGAGCCCUGCUCAUGCUGUCCGCCCUCUACCUCACGCUCAGCAUCUGCCUCCACUGCUGGGUGAUGAACCUCAGGUGGAUGGAGUCCAACCGCUUUGUUUGGACGGACGGCCUCCAAGUCCUCUUUGUCUUCCAGCGACUCGCUGCAGUGUUGUACUACUACUUCUACAAGCGCACCACUGAGUACCUCGGGGACCCCCGGCUUUACGAGGACUCCCCCUGGCUACGGGACGCCUUCGCACGCGCCCGCCAGUGAGCCCAGCAGAACACACAGAGGGCCUGGAGAGGAGAGGGACUCAGCUACUGCAGUGUUAUAGAGCCAAGAUGGAGGACCUGGAGAGGAGAGGGACUCAGAUGCUGCAGUGUUAUAGAGCCAAGAUGGAGGACCUAUAGAGGAGAGGGACUCAGAUGCUGCAGUGUUAUAGAGCCAAGAUGGAGGACCUAUAGAGGAGAGGGACUCAGAUGCUGCAGUGUUAUAGAGCCAAGAUGGAGGACCUAUAGAGGAGAGGGACUCAGAUGCUGCAGUGUUAUAGAGCCAAGAUGGAGGACCUAGAGAGGAGAGGGACUCGGAUGCUGCAGUGUUAUAGAGCCAAGAUGGAGCACUGAAGAGGUCGGGACUCAACACUGAACAUGAACUAGGAUGUUUACCCAAAGGACUGAUAUUCCAGCUGUCAUUUUUAUCCACAGUGUUUUUAAUUCAAAGCAAUACUGUCACUACUGUCACAGAAACAGAUAGCCUAAAGGCAAGUUCAGUGCUGCUUUGGUAAAAAACAAAUAUUAUACGAAUAAAUGAAGGAUAUGGUUUAUAUGAACACAGAUAGAUCUGCCUUUUAUAAUGUGUGUCUGUCUGGACUGAUGAUGAAUGCCAUAGUUGUUGUUGUGUAUGAAACCCAGUUAAGAAUAUAGUACUUUUUAAGAUGAGGUUUUGAAUGAAACUGCAAAGCAAGCCACAGAGCUGAGAGGCUGUAGCUGAUCCAGAAGGGUUGGUUUUCACAGGUCACAUGACCCAAUAGAUUAGUGUUCAUCAUUUCUGUGCCACUUUCUUUUUUACAUGCAUUUGUAACUUUAAUCUGUAGUCUAUCUGGUCCGUUAUCCUUUUUUUUAUUCCCAGUGGAAAACAAGUGCAGGUCCUACCUGACCGCGUGACCACUACCUCAGGUCCUGCUGGGGGCGUGACCGCUGCUGGGGGCGUGACCGCUGCUGGGGGCGUGACUGCUGCCUCCUCCGUCUCAGUCAUUAGUCUCCAAACACUCCACCCUUAGCCAAGAUGGACCCAAAGUGCCUCCGCCGACAGCCACACUACACUACCCUGCACACUACACUACACUACCUGGCCUACACUACACUACCCUGCAGAAUGGUGUCGCAUGCGCCGGUUUUGCACAGGAAAAAAAACAAAUUAAUAAACAAUAGCCUACUGACUGACCUCCAUUCAGGCUCUCGUCUCCUCUAGGAGAUAAGCGUAUCCGUAGAGAUAAACGUAUCCGUCCUCUUGAGUGGAAGAUAAGCGUGCAGACACUAGUUUUGAGGGGGCGGAGCUUAGCUUGUCAGUCUAGUGUUUUGUGCUGACGUCAUGUGCUUGCCUCGAACAUGUCCAAAUAAAUGUCUUGAUGUAUUUGA